AACCUUCUUUUCGCUUUGUUUCGUCAGGACAUAUUUGCCGCACUUCCGUCUAAACAUGGCGGAGUAUUCUAAUCUGGUCCGAAGGGCUUUGGGACAAAUAAGAGGUCAUGGAGGACUCAGGGGUCUUUUACUCCAGUUUUUUAGGGUAAAUGAUGUGAAAACAGGGACCCUUAUUGGUGUUGAUAAAUAUGGAAACAAAUACUACGAGGACAAGAAGCACUAUUUCUUUGGACGUCAUCGUUGGGUGAUCUACACCACAGAGAUGAAUGGAAAGAGAACAGUGUGGGAUGUGGAUGGCAGCAUGGUGCCUGCUGAAUGGCACCGCUGGCUGCACUGUAUGACAGAAGACCCACCCACCACACAUCCUCCAGAGCCCAAGAAGUUCCUCGCUGAUGUUCAUCAGUUUAAUGUGAGCGGGACCUCGCAGCAGUAUGUGCCGUACCCCACCACCCGGCAGAAGAUCCAUGAGUGGGUUCCUCCUAAAGCCGGAGCCCAGUGAAUUAUGACUGCUUUAUCUUUAUUUGUUAAAUAAAAUUUUGUGCCCAAAUAAAAUCUCUAUCCAGAUGUUUAAAA